AUGGCGUCUUCAAUGGCGUCCCUUGUUAUUGCAGUCUUAGUUGUUGCUCUAAGCGUGUCACCAUCAAUGGCUAGAGAGUAUCGUUACGCUCCUUGGCUACCACCUCCUACGUAUAAGUGGCGGCCAAUUUAUCGCUCUCCUCCAUCACCGGUGUAUUACUCUCCUCCUCCACCGGUGUAUCAUUCUCCUCCGCCACCUGUGUAUUAUUCUCCUCCACCUCCCGUCUAUAAAUCUCCUCCACCACCGGUGUAUUACUCUCCUCCUCCACCGGUGUACCAUUCUCCUCCACCUCCUGUGUACUACUCUCCUCCUCCACCUGUUUAUAAAUCUCCUCCUCCGCCUGUCUACUCGUCUCCUCCACCUCCCGUGUACUACUCUCCGCCUCCACCAGUUUAUAAAUCUCCUCCUCCGCCGGUCUACUCGUCUCCUCCACCUCCUGUGUACUACUCUCCUCCUCCACCAGUCUACUCGUCUCCUCCACCGCCUGUGUACUACUCUCCUCCUCCACCUGUCUAUAAAUCUCCCCCUCCACCAGUCUACUUGUCUCCUCCACCUCCCGUGUACUACUCUCCUCCUCCACCUGUCUAUAAAUCUCCUCCUCCUCCAGUCUACUCGUCUCCUCCUCCACCUGUCUAUAAAUCUCCUCCUCCUCCAGUCUACUCGUCUCCUCCUCCACCUGUCUAUAAAUCUCCUCCUCCGCCAGUCUACUCGUCUCCUCCACCUCCCGUGUACUACUUUCCUCCUCCACCUGUCUAUAAAUCUCCUCCUCCUCCAGUCUACUCGUCUCCUCCUCCACCUGUCUAUAAAUCUCCUCCUCCGCCAGUCUACUCGUCUCCUCCUCCACCUGUCUAUAAAUCUCCUCCUCCGCCAGUCUACUCGUCUCCACCUCCCGUGUACUACUCUCCUCCUCCACCUGUCUAUAAAUCUCCUCCUCCUCCAGUUUACUCGUCUCCUCCUCCACCUGUCUAUAAAUCUCCUCCUCCGCCAGUCUACUCGUCUCCUCCACCUCCUGUGUACUACUCUCCUCCUCCACCUGUCUAUAAAUCUCCUCCUCCGCCAGUCUACUCGUCUCCACCUCCCGUGUACUACUCUCCUCCUCCACCUGUCUAUAAAUCUCCUCCUCCGCCAGUCUACUCGUCUCCUCCACCUCCUGUGUACUACUCUCCUCCUCCACCUGUCUAUAAAUCUCCUCCUCCGCCAGUCUACUCGUCUCCACCUCCCGUGUACUACUCUCCUCCUCCACCUGUCUAUAAAUCUCCUCCUCCUCCAGUCUACUCGUCUCCUCCUCCACCUGUCUAUAAAUCUCCUCCUCCGCCAGUCUACUCGUCUCCUCCACCUCCCGUGUACUACUCUCCUCCUCCACCUGUCUAUAAAUCUCCUCCUCCGCCAGUCUACUCGUCUCCUCCACCUCCUGUGUACUACUCUCCUCCACCACCCGUCUACAAAUAUCUUCCACCACCUGUCUACUACUCUCCUCCUCCACCUGUCAAAUACUCUUCGCCGCCACCACCUGCCUACUACUCUCCUCCACCUCCUAAGAAGGACGACGAAUACAAAUCUCCUCCUCCACCGGAAGUAAAGAAGUCUCCUCCACCACCACCUCCACGAAAGAAGCCACCCCCUCCACCCGCACCAAAGAAAUCUCCUCCGCCACCACCUCCACGAAAGAAGUCACCCCCUCCACCCGCACCAAAGAAAUCUCCUCCGCCCCCACCUCCACGAAAGAAGUCACCCCCUCCACCCGCACCAAAGAAAUCUCCUCCGCCCCCACCUCCACGAAAGAAGUCACCCCCUCCACCCGCACCAAAGAAAUCUCCUCCGCCCCCACCUCCACGAAAGAAGUCACCCCCUCCACCCGCACCAAAGAAAUCUCCUCCUCCACCGCCGCCACGAAAGAAGUCUCCACCUCCGCCACCGCCAAAGAAGUCUCCUCCGCCACCCUCGCCAAAGAAGUCUCCUCCACCACCACCUCCACGAAAGAAGCCACCCCCUCCACCCGCACCAAAGAAAUCUCCUCCGCCCCCACCUCCACGAAAGAAGUCACCCCCUCCACCCGCACCAAAGAAAUCUCCUCCUCCACCGCCGCCACGAAAGAAGUCUCCACCUCCGCCACCGCCAAAGAAGUCUCCUCCGCCACCCUCGCCCGUGUACAAGUCGCCUCCUCCCCCACCAUCGCCUUACUACUACUAGGCCAAUAAGGACUCGUGAACUAUAUAAGUCUAAGAUACAAGGAAAAACGACAGAUAAACAAAGGCAUUUGAAUUGAGUUCAAUAAAGGAGACGACCAUAUGAUAUAUUGUAAUCUUCAACAAUAUAAUCUCAUCUAUUUGCUUCUAUCAUCUAUGGCUUUCAUUAUAUAAAAACCUUCCAAUCCUUCCUAUUGUACCACACAUCGCAAUAAUAAUAUAAUAUUUACUUUCAAA